GCUUGAAUUGAUCCCAUUGAGAAAGUGAGUGAUCCUGAAAAAUGAACGACUUCCGCCCCUGUUUCCCCUCUCUCAACAGCCGACUUCAGUCCACGUGCGUGGAAAGGCACAGAGCUUUUACUGAAGCCAUUUGGCAGAUCGGUGAGAAAGUCGGCAGAAAUCUGCAGUCGAAAGCUAUGGUCCGGGUCCAAGCAAGACGGAAAGGAUUCUUCAGAUUCUUGGAACUGAAAGGACGUGCUUUUCAGUGCAGGUUCUGUUUUGCACUGGCCAUGUCGCGCUCCACCCUCUUGGUUUUCGUGGCCGCUGUGGCGAUGUUCUCGGUGAAGUGGCUGGAGAUGCCCGAAGUGCCGGCCACCAUCCGUUUGAAUCAGACGCUUUCCACCGAACUCACCGACAGAGGGCGGCUUUGCAAUGGCUCCAGACAUGACACUGAAGGAUGGUGGACGCCCUUGGCGCCCGGCAGUUCCCCCAGGCUACUCCCUAUGCAGGAUUUGUGGCACAACUGCGGCUUAGGCCAGCCGAUCUUCGGCAGCUACGUCCGGAGGUCGGGGUGCCACAUCCUGGAACCCGAAGAUGCUCUCAUCAGCCUUGGUCGUCGAAAUCUACAUUUCAUGGGAGACAGUGUGACGCGCGAACUCUUUGACAGCAUUCGCUGGGUGAGAAGGCGCGUCCUUCUUUAUGAGGCUUUCUAUGGAAGAGAGGGCUUCUCAUUGCUUUCUGCCAUAACCAGCCUGAAGUGCUCCUUGGGUUGGGAAUUCCGCUACGAGACCAACAAUUGGGCACUUGAUGCCUUGCGAGUGUGGCUGGGCUGGGAACGAAGAGUUGAAGACCAUGAGCUUCAUUGUGGCAUGGCUUAUAUGCCUAUGUGCAACACUUGUGGGUCUAAGCCUUUUACAGAGGCCAUUGAAAAAUUUACCUUCGAGCCCAAGGAUAUUUUGUUGAUGAACAUUGGGGCAUGGUACAAUGCCAAUCAGACAGGUUCUUCGCUCGGAGAUUUCGUCCAACUGCUCUCCACCUUGACUGUGCCACACAGUCCAUCUCUGAAGGGAAUGGACCGUGUACAUUGGAUGCGUCAACAGCUGCAUGCGUGGGGCUUCGUUGCCUCGCCCUGUGAGCAGAAGCCGCCAGCGCGGCGAUUGAUGGAGAGGCCACCACGGGUGCAGUGCCGGAAGGGCGGGGCAGCCACAGAAGUGGAAUAUGCUUUUAGCCUCAUUAGCCUAGCUGAAGCCUUGCUUCAAGAAAAACAGUUGCCUAAACACUUGGUGUGGAUUGAUACCACUCCAAUUCAUCAGCCGAAAGGUUUUUACUUCAAAGGUAUGACCUGUGGCCCCUUUGAAGGGAACGCCAGCCUUCCACAGUUUUACUGGCGGAACCUUGUGGCCAAGAGCAUCCUACCAAUCAUCCUUCCACAAGUGCAAUUUUUACACACCCACGAGGUCCUGCGCGAGUGGGGAAACUUUCACUGGGGCCCCCAGGAUUGUGUACACUUCUGCCAGGAGAGCCAAGGCUGGAACGAACAUGUUCGGAACAUCCUGACAGCCUUGACAUACGUGGUUGGCUUUCGUUCACCUUCACAUCUGGGUUCACGACUCACCGAAGAUCCCGCCGUCCGCACCAUCGACCGCUUCUCCUCCUGUGGCCGAAUGACACUGUAUGGAGGCAUCGCGCUGUGUGCGUUGCCCCUUGUGCUGGUCCUUGGCGCUCUAUGCAUGUGCAUUUGCCAGAGAAAACGGGAGAACCAAGACCAAGCGGAAGGACGCCUUCGCGGCAGAUGGGUUAAAAAAGGUUUCAGUGAUCCGCGAUGGCACCUUUGACUGGGAGUAUGCUGCUUACUGACCAGCAUUGCUAACAGCUUGAAGUUUGCGUGUUGUUUC